AUGCCGCGAAUUAUGAUAAAAGGCGGCGUUUGGCGCAAUACAGAGGAUGAAAUUCUUAAGGCUGCUGUUAUGAAAUAUGGAAAAAAUCAAUGGUCCCGAAUAGCUUCCCUAUUGCAUAGAAAGUCAGCUAAACAAUGCAAAGCUCGUUGGUACGAGUGGUUGGACCCCAGUAUCAAAAAGACAGAAUGGUCCAGAGAAGAAGACGAGAAGCUUUUGCACUUAGCAAAGCUUAUGCCAACCCAAUGGAGGACGAUAGCGCCAAUUAUUGGAAGAACUGCUGCACAAUGCUUAGAGCGUUACGAAUAUUUAUUAGAUCAAGCUCAAAAGAAAGAAGAAGGAGAGGACAUGGGAGAUGAUCCCCGCAAACUAAAACCUGGUGAAAUUGAUCCUAAUCCUGAAACAAAACCAGCAAGGCCAGACCCCAAGGACAUGGAUGAAGAUGAGUUGGAAAUGUUGUCCGAAGCCCGUGCGCGUUUGGCUAAUACACAAGGUAAAAAGGCAAAGAGGAAGGCUAGGGAGAAGCAAUUGGAAGAAGCGAGAAGACUGGCAGCAUUGCAAAAGAGAAGGGAACUCAGUGCGGCUGGUAUUUCAGUGCCAAUAAGACGUAAGAAAAAGCGUGGUGUGGAUUAUAAUAAAGAAAUACCAUUUGAGAAGAAACCUGCAGCUGGUUUCUAUGAUACCUCAACUGAGGUUGUGGACCCAAUGGCACCAGAUUUCUCGCGACUUCGCCAACAGCAUCUCGAUGGAGAAUUACAUUCAGAAAAGGAAGAGAAAGAGCGUAGAAAGGACAAGCAAAAACUGAAACAACGCAAAGAAAACGAUGUGCCCCAGGCUAUGUUACAAGGAGACCAACCGGCCCGCAAACGAAGCAAACUAGUGCUACCGGAACCACAAGUAUCUGAUCAGGAGCUGCAACAAGUUGUGAAACUGGGUCGCGCAUCGGAGGCGGCUCGUGAGUCAGCUGGCGCCGCUGGUGCUCCAACAGAUGCCCUCCUGGCCACAUACGCGCUCACGCCUGCACCAGCCACCGCUCUGCGAACACCAGCUCAUCAAGACAGAAUCAUGAUGGAAGCUCAAAAUGUGAUGGCCCUGACCCACGUGGACACGCCACUGAAAGGAGGACUCAACACUCCUCUCCAUGAAUCAGACUUCUCGGGUGCGUUACCGCAAACGCAGGCGGUCGCCACGCCCAACACGCUGCUCGUUACUCCGUUCAGAUCAUCUCGAACUGAAGCAUCUACGCCAGGCAGUUUCAACACGCCUAGCCAAGGACAGAAUGCACAACCUGCUUUAGCUACACCUGCACUCAGAGAUAAGCUUAGCAUCAACCCAGAGGAUCGAGUAGGGCCCGGUGAAACUCCACAGGUGGCGAACCAAAUACAAAAGCAGCUGAAGGCGUCAGUGCGCACAGCGUUGCAGUCGCUCCCUACGCCGCGCAACGACUACGAGAUCGUAGUUCCCGACGAGAGCGACGAGCCGACGGAGGCGUCCGGUACCAUGGAUUCCGUAGAAGACCAAGCAGACACCGACGCUCGGAUGCUGAAGGAGCAGGAAGCAAAACGCGCGGCGGCGCUAGCGCUCCGCUCGGCGGCGGUGCAGCGCGGCUGCGUGCGCCCGGGCGACGUGAACGCGGCCGUUCUGCGCGGCGGCGGCGCCCUUAGCUCGCUGCAGCACGCGGAGGAGCUGCUCAAGGCGGAGAUGCUCACGAUGCUGCACUACGACGCGCUCCACGAUCCGCCCAACGGUGUAGACAAAAAGCGUUCAGUGCAAUUGCAAGCUUCCCAUUUAGCUUACCUUGAACAGCACCCAUAUGAGGAAUUUACCGCUGAUGAAUUGUCGGAGGCGAAACAAAUUUUGCAAAAAGAAAUGGAAGUCGUAAAAGCGGGCAUGGGACAUGGAGAGCUCAGUAUUGAUGCUUACACACAAGUGUGGGAGGAGUGUCUUGCUCAGGUACUAUUCUUGCCUGGGCAGAACAGAUAUACUCGCGCUAAUUUAGCAAGUAAAAAAGACAGAUUGGAAUCUGCUGAAAAACGAUUAGAACAAAAUAGAAACCAUAUGGCAAAGGAAGCGAAGAAAUGUUCAAAAAUGGAAAAGAAACUAAGGGUGCUUACAGGUGGUUAUCAAAGCCGAGCGGCCUCUCUUAUUAAACAAUUUCAAGAGCUUCAAGAUCAAAUUGAACAAUCAAAUUUGGAAUUGUCAACAUUCAAAUUUUUGGCUGAACAAGAGAAGGCUGCAAUUCCCCGGCGUAUUGAGUCCCUAACAGAAGACGUAAAUCGCCAAACUGAUCGUGAAAAGCAACUCCAGAAAAGAUAUGCAGAGCUUCAAUCAGAAUUAGAGGACAUUCACAAAGGCAAGCAAUCAAAAGAGACUGAAGUUAAACCAGUUGAAGAA